UGUGAUUCACAGCUGUAGAUCUCGAGUUCUCUCCACGGUCAGGGAUGCUGACGGGUCAUGUCAAGAGAAGAGGCGAGUGGAACCUAAGUCCUCCUCAACUUUUCCUCUCCUGGACAGAAUACUAAAAAAUCGGAAGACGUUUAAAAGAAGACCUCGCUGCUCAAGAGUGUUCGUCUCCAUCCUUCUAUUAGAAACCGAUUAACUCAUAGGAUUCAAUUACUUUCGGCUGACAUUGGCGGGACAUCAUAAAAUGUUUCCAGAGAGAGGAAGCUUGACUUUUUUCACUGGGGUUUUGAUCGUGGCGUUAUCAUGUGAAGCUAGAGGUCCUCCAUGGGUGAGUCGUCAGGUAGAAGACAGACAGACAGCAAAACUGGGACGCACGGUUCGACUUCCAUGCCCGGUGGAGGGGGACCCCCCUCCGCUAGUCCUGUGGGUGAAGGAUGGGCGGAACGUGAACCCAGGCUGGAGCCGCUACAAGGUUCUGAAGCAGAGUCUGAAGAUCAAAGAAGUGGAACUGGAGGAUGCCGGCGUGUACAUCUGCCGCGUCACCAAUGGAUUUGGCAGCCUCGCCCUCAACUUCACACUCAUUGUAAUUGAUGAUGCAGUUGUGACUCAGAACCAGCCUCCGCCAGACGCAGAAGAACCUAACGCAGAUCUUACCCUGCAGGACCCUACCGGAGAGCCAUGGGUGAAGCCACGCUUCACUCAGCCCACAAAGAUGCGCAGGCGUGUGCUAGAGCAGCCCGUCGGCAGCUCGGUGCGUCUCAAAUGUCAGGCCAAUGGCAAUCCAACACCGGUCAUUACAUGGUGGAAGGACCAGAGCCAACUGCCCAAUCCUCACCAGAGUAAACGACCACAGUGGACACUAACUCUGAAGAACCUGCAGCCACAGGACAGUGCCAAAUACACCUGUCAUGUCUCCAAUGCAGCUGGCCAUAUCAAUGCCACCUACAAAGUGGAUGUAAUUGAGCGAACCAACUCCAAACCCAUUCUGACUGGUACCCAUCCUGUUAACACGACUGUGGAGUUUGGUGGAACAGCUUCCUUCCAAUGUAAAGUCCACAGUGAUGUAAAGCCUGUGAUACAGUGGCUGAAGAGAGUGGACCCAGGCACAGAGGGGCGUUAUAACUCCACGCUGGAGGUAGGAGGCCAGCACUUCGUGGUGCUGCCCACUGGAGACGUGUGGUCCAGACCUGACGGUUCCUACCUCAACAAGCUGGCCAUCGUCAAGGCACGGGACGAGGAUGCUGGAAUGUACAUCUGUCUAGGAGCGAAUACCAUGGGCUACAGCUUUCGCAGUGCCUACCUCACUGUUCUCUCAGGUCAGCUCCUGGAAUUCUCCCUCAGAUUUAGGUGGAUGAUAAAAGACUGUAACAAAAAUUAUGAUCCCAAGGUGGAUAAGGACAUCAUUCCCCGCCACAUCAGCCCCGGUCUUCCCUGGCCGCUGAUCAUUGGGAUCCCAGCUGCUGCCUUGCUCAUAGUAGGAGCCAUCGUGCUCUGGUUGUGCCACAGCCGCAGACGCCAGAGCGUUUUGCCUCCCCGACCGACAACCUAUCGAGACCACCACAUUCCAGACAAGGAGCCCAACACGGCCAGCGGCAUCAACCCUGACCUGCCCAACCAGAGACUAAUGGGAAUGGGGCUCCCAGCUCUCAGCGGUCCGCCAAAGAUUUAUACCAAGGUCUACACAGACAUGCACACUCACACCCACACACACUCCCAUGCACACAUGGAGGGAAAAGUACACCAGCAUUUCCAUUACCAGUGUUAACAGGUUACCAUCAUGUAACCCACGCUGCUGCUUCCUCUGUUCUCAUGAGCUAAGGGCCACCACUCGAGGACCACAACCGUACUGUUCUGAUGGAGCCCAUUUACCUUGAAAUGUCUCAGGUCAAGGAAAAUGUCUCACACUCAGUAGAGCUGCAGUGGACCUCAGUUUUCCUUUAGGUUCUUCGGAGUUCAAAAUCGAAUAACACUGAAAAGCAACCCGAGUGCUAACAAUCCAAGAAUACUUGGACCUUUUUGCUAUCUGAAAGCCAAGCAUUAAACAGGAAGUAGAGCAGAGAUAUUUUAUAUUUGGAGAAACUGUGAUGAUCUGUGUCAAGCAUACUGGUGGCCCUGUUUACAAUGUGUUCUAUCAGUAAAUUAGUAAGGAUGUGUUUUUUAUUUCUUCUUCUUCUUGUUUUUGUUUAUUGUAUUGUGAAGAAAUUAUGCAAGGAAAUGUCAGG